GUGCCUUGGCUCAGUGCCACGGCAACUGUCGAAGUCAACAGACAUGGAUCUCUUCUUCGAAGGUACAUCGCGUAUCGAUCGAUUUCGUUCGGUGUUAACGUGCGGUGCCUCUUGUUUGCGACGACUUCGAUCUUCUUUCCUUCAUUGGAUUACGUCUGUUAGAGAGAAGAAGAGAGAAGAGUCGUCUGUUGUUGUGUGCAAACGCAAAUUGUGUGCGAGACUUUUGAGUCUGUUGGAUAUCAAAAUUAAAUAAAGAAAAAAUGAAGAGAGAAUGAGAAGCAAAGAGAUGAACAUGGAAGACUAGGAUAUUUUCUUUAUUUCAAUAAUAGGUUAUAUUCAAUCUCGGGAGAUUUGCACAUUCUUGGUAUCAUUGUGUUAUAUCUGAAAAUUUUGUAACGCUUAGAAAAAUGUACGCAACAAGGAAGAAAAGCAAAAAGGAUUAUUACAAUGAGUUAAAGAGUGAGAAAUAAACUCGUCGAUUCCUACACAGAAAGAUUCCUGACUUCUCUUCAUUCUUCUAUUCUCACGAGCCUGUUGGUUAACCCUAUAUGUUCGCACCCCCAAUAUGGAAAGAAGGGGGGAUGAUACACACAUCCACCCCAGUCAUUUGCACCAGCGCCUUUUUUUGCGCGCAGGUCGAAGAGGGGGCCAUCGCGCUUGCGGGGGCCCAUGGUGGCAGAGGGAGUCGGGGGAGGACGGAGGGGAGCCGAGAGAACGAUGGCGGUGGACCGCAAGGGUCAGCAUCAUCGCGCCAGCACGAAGACAGGAUUGGUCGGGCCCCGGGUGUGGGGGCGACCUGGGCCGGCGUGCCUCGGAAAAUAUAAGCCUGUGUGAGUGGUGGCUGAUUAGCCAGAGGCUCAGAGAGGACGGAGAGUAGCGGCGAGAGUGUUCCGAGGCACAGAGAGAAGAGAGGACGGACGAUUUCUCUUCUCUCGUAUAUCGGGGAAGAUAUACGCGGUGGCGUCGCCGUGUGUUCGGUUCCAAUCCAGUCUUCCAAGGUCUUCCGCCUCGUAUAUAAUAAUCGGCCGGCGCGUCCGCGCGGAGCGAGUUAACGCCGCUUAAAACUAAUCAAAAUUAAUCAUAACCCGGGCAACAAUUGAUCGCAAUUGCCGCGUGCAGGUCGCGCUCCAUUACGAGCAAUCGGCUGCAACGUUGUGUGCUUCCUUCUUUUUUUUCCUUCCAUUGGCAGAGGAAGCGGGAAGAGAUCAUGAAAGAUCAUCUCCUCGCGAGAUGAUGAGCGCGAUCGAUACCGAGGUGUGAAUACCGAUCCUCUCUCAUCCGCGACAUCUCUGUUCUUCGGAUUUUUAUUUCAUCAACUCGAUCGGAACAUCCCUAACACCGAUUAUUAAAAAAAAUACUUUACGUGAAGAGUCGAGAGAUUUUUCAAGAUGGACGGCGCUCCUUCCUGGGACGAUCCGAUCUUUUCGGAUUUUGGGACGCGCGGCGGUACUUCCGGAGCCCACAGCAUCCAGGUGAUGCUGAGCUUGCACGGCAGCCAUCACGGAAGUGGUGACCUGUUGCCGACUGGCGGCGGCCAACUUCACAAGCUGGAUUCAUCGAACAGCCCGUCGCCGCAUCAUCAAGCCGCGUCGCAGCAUCAGCAUCACCUGCAGCAACAGCAAAAGGAGCUUAAGGAACUCGAGCUGUCCAAUAUGUACGCGUCUUUACCGCCGCAGACCCAGGACGUCACAACUUCAACGUCCACCAGUGUAACGCCGACUUCGACGAGUCUGCAACAAGGUUUGCAACUCGGGAACGCGCUCAAGAGGAAGCCGGAUGAUCCCAUCAAUGCGCUCGCGCCAGUUAGCAGCGAAACACAGCCAACCAAAAAAGAUUCGAAGAAGAAGACUGACAAUAAUAACAUCAAAAAGAAAAAGACGAGGACGACUUUCACGGCUUAUCAACUUGAAGAGCUCGAAAGAGCGUUCGAGAGGGCACCUUAUCCAGACGUCUUUGCGCGCGACGAACUCGCGUUGAAGCUCGCGCUUUCUGAAACCCGAGUUCAGGUGUGGUUCCAAAAUCGUCGUGCAAAGUGGCGAAAGAAGGAACCGCCGCGCAAGACUGCCGGUUACAUGGCCGCGAGUUCUGCCAGUCCCGGAUUAUCAGGCUCCUUCACGUCACUUAACAACACUCUAAAUCCAUUCGCAUCCCCAACGACGGCGACGGCGCCGCCGGACGCGUGGGCCUACUCGCCAGCGGCGUACGAUUUAGCACCCCAUUUGAAUCUACUGAGCCCGUCUAACUCGCCGUACUCAACCGCGGCGGCAGCGGCGGCGGCUGCGGGCUUCGGAAACAACGGCAACGUCUCGUACUCGUCGUACACGAGCAUGCUACCGACGCAGCAUGAUGCUUCAUUGUUCUCCACCCCGGCCGCGGCCGGCAACACCAUGCGCGUCCACCAGGACUACAUGAACCCCGGUGGUGGCAACAGUCCGCCACCGCCGCCCGGUCCUCUAACUCGUGCCGACUACCAGACCAUGGUGACGGCGACGCACUCGCCGCCCACACACUUGGGUAGCUCCAUGUCCGAGGACGAGCACGGCGGCUGCCUCGCGGAUAAGUACGCCCACGAGCAAACGGCGGCCGAUUACGGCCAACAGCAGCAACAGCCGCCGCAGCCAGAUCAGAAGCAGGACUACGGCAUGCACUCGCCGCAGACGCGCCAGACUAUAAAGGACGGCCAGGUUUUGGUCAAAAGCGAGCCCGGCAAUCAGCAGAGCUACGUGCAGCUGCCUCCUUUUCUGAACUGACUCGCGGCCUCCUCCGCUCUAGAUCUCUUCUAGACGGCUUUCGCGAUCUGCACGUGUUUCGCGGCGAGCGCGAGGAAUAUUAGAUCCUGGAUGGUAUACGGGAAGCUUCACUAGCAAGAAAAGAAGUUCCUGUUAGAAUACCCUGAUAGCAUGUACAUCCGCACGGGUGAUACCCAAUUAAACACAUUGUUUGUUGGUCAAUUGAAUAUAGGACCUUCUGAUUGAUCAUUUAUGCUAUAGUCACUUUAGACACCAUCGAUAUGAGUGGUUGUAUCUAAUUUAUUAUAUCUAAAUGGGUCUUUGUCUAUCCAUAGAUGUUGACCAGUAUUUUAACCGGUGCUAACACACUUGAUCAAUCGGAAAAUUUGGGGAGACUAAUCAGAAUCUAAUCAGAGGGUGUUCAACUGAUCAAUUAGCAAUGUAAGGGCUUGAGCAGAAUACCUCACUUAUAACUUUAAGACAAUGUUUCAUGUUUUAAUCUUUAUCUUGUAGUAACGCACAAUACUGUCUUUUGUCUCAAAUCUUAUAAGUCUACCAUUUUGCUCAGGUCCUAUAAGUUAUCGUAGCUUUUCAGAAGGAAACGUACACAUAAUUGGUUAUCAAAUAGACAAAAUAUCCCGCACUAAUUUCAUGUAAAAUGGAUUUCAGUUAAAUCAGCUGGUUUUUGUAUGUUGUAGCUUAUGACCUACUGAACAAAAGAUGUAAUAGCUUUAAAGCUAAAUAAUGGGCAGUUACUGAACUACAGUCAGUUAAACUAUUCGCAGAAUCUGAGUUUUCGUGUUUAAUAGACUGUAAAUAAGUGACUGUUUAUUAUUUAGCUUUGAGUCUAUAUUUUUUGUUCAGCAGGUCAUAAAAACUAUAAUAUAUGAGAAAACCAUUAGAUUUUGCUAAGAUUCAAUUUUAUGUAGGAUUAAUAUAGAAUUUUUGAAUUUAUAUGAAAUCCGAGAUGAAAUUGAGUUUCAAAUAAAAUAAUAAUUGAAUAAAAUCAGCUAAUUUUCUUAUAUAUUGUAGCUUAUAAUCUACUAAACAAAAAUGUAAUAGGCUGAAUAAUCAAUAGUUACUGAUAUUUUUUGUUCAGCAGCCAUCAUAAAUUACAAUAUAUGAGAAAUCAGCUGAUUUUACCGAAAUCCAUUUCACAUAAGAUUAGCGCGGAGUAUUUUUCGGGAUUUUAAAAAAUAACCAAUUGCAUUGUGUCUACUUAGAUUUUCUUACUGAAAAGCUUUCAUGAUCGAUUAUACUUGUACUUUUGAUUUAGAUAACUUUUCAAGAAGAAACACAUAAACACAAUGCCACAGCUGGUUAUCAAACAGAACAAUUUAAAAAUUUUUUAUACAAAGCCAAUUGCGUUUAUCUGUUCUCUUGCUAGAAAGUUCUCUUUAUUUAAAUCGUAGUACUUUUUGAAUUGAACUUUCGAAAAUAUAAAAGAUCGUGUUAGGCGAAGCGUUGAAAAUAAUAUUUAAAUAAAAAAGCGUUCGUUAAGUCGAUAUUGCAACAUUCCAAGUAACAAACUAACGUUUAUCAAAAUAACGUCAUUUUGACAUCAAAUGACGUUAUUAAACGUCAGAAUGAAAUCAAUGACGUUUAAUAAUGAUGUCAAUGACAUUUUAUGACGUCAGUUUGUUACUUGAGAUGUAUAAUCCAGGUAGCAGUAAAUAGUCAUUUUGACGUCAUUAGACAUCAAAAUGAUGUUAUUAGACGUCAGUUUGCCACCUGGAAUAUUUCGAUGGAAAUAUCAUCAUGACAUAUAAUCCAGGAUCAUCGCUCGCGUUAAAAACACGCGCGACAUUUUUGUACUUGUUUUGCUUGUGAGUGAUCGCGAGAAAUUGCGUCGCGUCGCUUUACGCGUAAAAAUAGUAGUCGAUCAAACACAUAUUAAACGUAAGAAAAGAAGAAUAUAAAGUAUCAUCCUAGGAUAUGUGUAAAAUAUUGUUCUUAUUUAACGGAAGGAGGAAUUUAUGAAAAUUAUAUACUUUAUUUUCAUAUUGCUCUCUCACUAAUUUCUCGUUCUAAUUCGCGCAAAUUCGAAACUAACUACCUGAAAAUUGGAACUGUGAAAUAGGAUGAAUUCAUUUCGAACGCGCGUGGUGAUUAUUUACAUAUAAAAAAAUAGAAUAAUAAAAAAUAUAAUUAAGAUAGAGAAAGCCUUUUAAGAUAGAAAGAAGCCUUUGAGCGACAUCUCGCGGCGAUUAUCAACAUUUAUAAUUUAAUCAUCCGUUUCUCUCGAUCGUCGAUAAAAAAUAUAUUGAGAAUAUAUAAUCUUACUAUAGAAUGAUUAUUCUCUCUUUCAGAAAAAAUAUUUUUCUGAAUCUGUUUCUUCGACUAACGAGAGAAAAAUAAACCAAAAACGUAUUAUUAGACUUGUAAUAUUAUUAAUUCAACAUGCGAUAUUUUCUGUACCUUGAAUAACCUAUGCCUUAUGCAGUGCCUUUGUAUUAGAAAAAAGUGGAUCUUAAUCGAAAUAAUCUCGCUUUGUAUCUUGCAAUACUCAAUUUCUAUGUAAAACUGAUUUGUAAUAAAUCAAGAGUGAUAUUGAAAUAUCAUUCGUGUGAAAAAAAUUUCUAAUC